AUGCAAGGAAAUAGAGAAAUGACAACCCUUCAGUAUUUGAAUGGAAUGGUGUUACUUCAUGGCGGAUGUACACAGAGGGAUGUUGAACGUCUUGCAAAAUUGGGAAUCUGUGUUGUACCACAGACAGUCUCUGAUAAACUGCAGUCAUGGCAGGAAAAUCUGGAUAAUGAUCUGCUUGAAGUUAAAAAUAAAUGGAUAACAGGUGGCAACCGAACUUACCAACUGGUAGGAGAUAAUUGGGACAAAAAUAUCAUUCCGUCAUACAGGACAUCCCAGCAAGAAACACAGUCUUUGCAUUUGUUUAAUGUUAUAGGUGUGAUUGACAGAAUUGUAGUAGAAAAAAACGAUAGUACAUCAGUGAAAGCUGUUGAAAGUUUGUCAGCAGCAGACUUUAUUCCAUCAGUAAAUGAUCUUGAAUUACUGCGUGAUGAACUAACAUUUAUUGUGGCUCGUUCAGUGAUUGAAAAUAAUGAACAAAUGAGGAAAACACUAGGAAAUCUGUAUCCUGAUCAUCUGAAGCAUUGUUACAGUGAUUAUGCUGGAAUGAAAACAUCUCAGUGUUCUUUAGGACUAUUUGAUUGUGAUGAGAAGAAGACGCAAGACGUAAUACAGCUUUUGAAGCUUUUGAGUGAGAAGUUUGUUCCAAAAGAAGGGGAAGAGAUUAUAGAAGAAGUUUUCUUUGGAGGUGAUAGGCUAACUGAUGAAAGAAUUCAACUUGCACAAAAAGCAAUGAGCAAUGCCGACAGUGGGUUGGAACGACUAGAGGGUUUUAUUUCGAAAAUUGAGGAUUUUCAUAGGUUGAUGAAUUUCCUAGAGGCCAUUCAUAGAACCACAUACAACACAGAAUCAUCCAGAGACAGAGGAACAAUUUAUUAUUACAGAAACUUCUUGAAUGCAAGGAAUGUUAAAGGAGGGGUGAAAAAUUCAUAUAGAGCUUAUAAACAUCUUUAUUAUACAGUGUUUGAUGCUAUGUGCUGUGUUUUAUUUUUGAAUAAUUUUGGACUCGAUAGUGCUGAAUCUGAGAUACCUUUGCCUAAGGAUUUUGAUGGGUGGACUAAUGAGUGUCAAAUAGACUGGAUUAAUUCUGUAUGCAGAAAUCUAUUGAACAAAGUCUUUUUUGAAGAUGAUAUGUUUAUGGAGUUGAGAGAAAUCCUAACAAAUCCAGACCAUGAGGAAAAUUACUGGAUUAGCUCGCUUGAAAAUGAUAGAUUCAAAUGUCAUUUCUGUAACAGCUCGUACUCAUAUGUAGAUUCUUUAAAAGCUCAUGAAAAAAAUGAACAUGGAUUUCAACCGUCUAAGCAAAAUUCUGACAAAACAUUGAAAAAAGAAGCAUCUGAUGAAUUACAUGACUAUGUGCUUUCUCUGUUCAGACUGACUGCUUUGCAUAAAAAUCUAGAUUCAGCAGUUGAUAUGGGAGAUGGUUAUAGGGUUGUAAGAAGUGCAAAAUAUGAAACCCCAUUUAUAAUAAAACCCAUAAAAUCAAAUAUUUAAUUGGUAGUGUUCAUUUAACUGCAAUGAUGUCUGGAACUCUGCCUGUUCAUCAGACUAAACGUCUCAUUGCCAACAGGUUUAUUAACAUAUCUGGGGGUAAAAACAGCAAUAUUUCUCUUGAUGAAUAUGUUGAAAUUCUAAAUAGGGACACCAAAAACACUUGCUCAGGAUUCCAAACAAAAGAGAGCAUUAUUAAGCAUUCAAAGGAAUUUCCGCAUUUAAUAAAUGCUGUAAAACAUGUAGAUGACAUUUGUAACAUUCGUGGCAGAAAAGGUUACCAUAAACUGCCAUCAUACCGAGAUGAUGUAAAGAGAGUUGUUGCCGAUUUGCUGAGUGUUGAUGCUUUCACUGAUCAUCAGGAUCGUAAACUAGUUUGUAGAAAACUUAUCCAAGCAAACAAUCCUUUCAAAGAUUGUUACAAAGGUUUGUCAGAAAUGAUUGUAAGACACAGGCCAGUGUUGCCUUUCAGAAGAUUAAGGAACAAACAUUUGUAAACCAACUUAAAAGUAGAGCUGCUUUUCAGAAAAGUGCAUGUCUCCCACAAGUGGCUAAUAAUUCAAUAGUAAGUCAGUCUUUAUAUACUGUGUACUCACUACAAAUAUACCUUUGAAGAAUAAAAAGGAUGCUUUUGGGUUAUUCAAGGGCCAUAAUUCACAAAUGCCUAAGGCAAUUUGGCUAGUUAUGAAACUUGGCUGAGGAGUUAUAGACAAAUACAUUUUUUUUAAGUUUGGUGAAGGUCGUAUGAGAAAUGUUCGAUUGAGAGCGCAGACAAGAGUAAAAAGGCCGAUUUUCAGUAAUUCAAGGGCCAUAAUUCCAAAGUGCCUAGGUCAGUUUGGCUAGUUAUCAACUUUGGCAGAGGACUUAUUGACAAACAGAUUUUGUUUAAGUUUGGUGAAGAUCUGUUUGUCCGUAACAUUUCAUGUCCGCUCUGUACCUCCUAAACCCUUUGAAGAAUUGUCAUGAAACUUAGAUCAAAUGAUCACCUCAUCAAGAUGUGCAGAACCCAUGAGUCAGCCAGACUGGAGGUCAGUCCCAUUUAAAUGACAUCUGCUUAAUCGCUUGUUCACAAUAAAUGAAUCAGUGAAACAUGUUAUUAAAGUAAAAUUGUACAAUGUGAAAAAAUCAGACAACUUUAUCUUUAUUGUAUUUUUUCGCAUUGUACAAUUUUACGUUAAUAUGUUUCACUGAAUCAUUUAUUGAAUGAUGGAUUACGCAAAUGUAUUUUUAAAGGGACUGACCUCCAGAUUUAGUAAGAUAUCUUUAUUUUUUGAAAUGUUUGAAAACUUUGCAGUUGUAAAUAAACUAAAUUUGCAUUAAUAGUCGAUAUUUUAGUAGUUUUGUUUUUCAUGUAUAAGGCUUUGUUCGCUAGAUUUCUGCACACAAACUUUAAGAAUUUUUUCACUUCAGUUACAUGCUGUGUUAUUUAGUCCCCUAUUUGUUGAAACCCAUUUUCAGGGACUAUAAGAAUGCUGUUUUCCAUCAUUCCGGUCAUUCCUGCUAUCCACAACUCUGUUAUUCAUGCAUCAAUAUUACUUGGCAAAAAUGUUUCCCAUGAUGAGGUGACGUGUCGUGCGCAAAAUCUGGACCUUGGAUCAAAGGUCAAGGUUACAAUUGCAUGUCAAAGGUCAACAGGGCUUUUUUCCUGUCCGGUCUAUAACUCUGCCACCUAUGAAGGUAUUUUAAUAUUACUAGGCACAAAUGUACCUGAUAAUAAGAUGAUGUCUCAUGUGCAAAUUUCAGACCCCUACCUCAAAGGUCAAGGUCAUACAUUGCAGUCAAAUGUUAACAUGGCAUGAACAGAGUCUGUUUCCUGUCUGGUCCAUAACUCUGUCAUUCAUGAAGGGAUUUUAAUAUUACUUGGCACAAAUGUUCCCCAUAGAUUGAGAUGAUGUGUCAUGCUCCAAACCCACACCCUUUUCUUAAAGGUCAUGGUCACAAGUCGAGCUCAAAGGUCAAUAUUUUUUUGUCCUCUCUGGUCCAGAACUCUGUCAUCCCUUCAGGGAUUACAAUAUAUGUCUUGGUAUAAAUGUUUCCCAUGAAGAGGUGAUGUGUCAUGUGAAACACCAAGAACCUAGCUUAACGGCCAUGGUCAUAAUUGGCGGUCAAAGGUCAACUGGGUUUUUUUCCUGUCCUGUUCAUAACUCUGCCAUCCAUGACGAAAUUUUAACAUUGCUUGGGACAAAUGUUCCCAAUAAUGAGACAACAUGUCAUGCACAAAAUCCGGACUCCUAUUUAAGGUCAAGGUCACAGUUCGAGGUCAAAGGUCAAUAGCAUUUAUUUCCUGUCGGGUUCAGAAUUUGGCAUCCAUCUAGGGAUAACAAUAUUACUUGGCAUAAAUGUUCCCCUGCAUGAGAUAAUGUGUCAUGCCCAACACCUUGGCCAUUAGCUAAAAGGUCAAGGUCACAUUUAGAGGUCAAAAUUACUGAAGGAAUGCACUAAUUAGGUCCCAUAACUCUACUUUUCAUUUCUUUUUCAAAUUUAUGCCACUUUUUCCAAGUAGCAGUCUUUGGUUAAGUUUUUUAGCUCACUCAGGGUGAGCUAUUCUGAUCACUCACCGUCCGGCGUCUGUUGUCCGUAAACUUUUACUUUAAACGACAUCUCCUCAUAAACUGCUAGGCCAAUUUCAUCUAAACUUCACAGGAAUGUUCCUUCGCUGAAGCUCUACUAAAAUUAUUCAAAGAAUUGAAUUUCAUGCAGAACUCUGGUUGCUAUGGCAACCGAAACGAAAAUCUUUAAAAAUCUUCUUCUCAAUAACCAGAAGCCGUAGAGCUUAGAUAUUUGGUAUGAAGCAUUGCCUAGUGGACUUCUACCAAAUUUUUUCAAAUCAUGACCCCGGGGUCAAAAUUUAACCCGCCCCAGAGGUCAUUUGAUUUUACAUAGGAAAAUCUUAAAACAUCUUCUCAAAAACCAAAAGCCCUAGAGGUUAGAUAUUUGACAUUUGACAUUGUCUAAUGGACCUCUACUAAAUUUGUUCAAAUCAUGAUCCCGGGGUCAAAAUUGACCCCGCCCAAGGGGUCACUUGAUUUUACUUAGCAAAAUCUUAAAAAAAUUCUAAAAAUAAACCAGAAUGCCUAGAGCUUAGAUAUUUCACAUGUAGCAUUGCCUAAUAGACCUCUACAAAACAUUUUCAAAUCGUGACCCAAGGGGUCAAAUUUACCCAGCCCCAGGGAUUACCUGAUUGUACAUAGGGAAAUCUUCAUAAAUUUGCCUAGUAGACUUCUAGAAACUUUGUUAAAAUCAUGAUCCCCGGGGUAAAAUUGGUCCUGCCCCAGGGGUUACUUGAUUGUUCAUCGGAAAAUCUUCCAGAAACAUUCUAAAAAUCAUCAGUUUGACAUUUGAAACAUGUAGCUCGUAUUACUCCGGUGAGCGAUCCAGGGUCAUCAUGACCCUCUUGUUUUCUAUGUAAGAUGGUAUCUAAGUAUCCACUAAUGGGAAGGGAUUUAAACUUCACACAACUUCACUUCAAUGUCAUGAUCUGACAUGCACAGUGCAUGUCCUAUAACUCUACUUUGCAUUUUUUCAAAAUGUAUGCCCCUUUUUUCACUUAACAAUUUGCAGUUUAAUUGUUAUGCUGUAUGUAAGGUGGUAUCUCAGUAUCCACUAAUGGGAAUUUGAUUCAAAUUUCACACAUUUGUCCACUGUCAUGAGCUGAUAAGGUCAAAUUUUUACAUAAUUAUGCCCGUUUUGUAUUCAUUCAGUUGACAAGACUGUUAAAGAGUCGAUUAUUGCUGUCCUCUAACAGCUCUUGUUUAUAAUUGGCCAAAAAAUUCCACAUUAAAAAGUUCUAUUCCUUCGAUUUCGUUAAAAAUCUUUACGAUAUAUCAGAAUGUGAUUUUAUGUUAUAUCAUAAAAUAAUAGGGGGAGUAAAAGCCAAUUGGAAACUGAGAUUAAAACAUGAAGACAUAAAUACAAUAGUACAGCAAGAAUAUUUGGUUUCAAAAAUAAAACAGGAUACUCAAGUAAAUAGACUGUUCUACCAAUUACAAGUGAGGGCGAAAAAAAUUACUAAUACCCAAAGUCAAAAAUGGGAAACACUUUUUUUAAACGACAAUCUAAAUUGGAAAAGUAUUUAUACUAAUCCCAUUAUCAGUACAAUUGAUACCAGAUUGAGAACAUUUCAAUAUAAAUACUUAAUGAGAAUAGCACCAACUAAUGUAUUCCUAUACAAAUGUAAAAUAUCUUCAUCAAAUAUGUGUGAAUUUUGUUCAAUGGCACCAGAAACAUUUAUACAUAUGUUUUGGGAAUGCCAAUCAAUACAAACCCUAUGGAGUGAUAUUAAGACAUAUCUUUCAAGAAAAAGUAUCGCAGAUAUCCCUUUUAACUUUAAAACUAUUUCACUAGGUUUCUAUGGAAACAUUGGGAAACGCAAACAAAAAAUUAUUAAUUUUAUUCGAAUUUUAGCAAAAUAUUUUAUUGUUAAAAGCAAAUACAACAAAUCUCCACCAAGCUUUGAAUUAUUCAGAGUAUAUCUUCAAUACAGAAUAAACAUAGAAUAUACAAUUGCAAGUAUAAAGAAUAAAACGGACACGUUUAAUGCGAAAUGGAAAGAAUUUCUUGAUGUUGCAUAAACAGUACCAAAUACAAUGUACAAGUAUAUAUAUGUAUAUAUAUAUAUAUAUGUGUGUGUGUAUAUGUAUGUGUGUAUAUAUAUAUAUAUAUAAUUUGUGAGCAAAACAAAUACUCUACUCUGAUUACUCUUUGUAUUUUUACA